AUGGGGAAAGAAACGGCCCAGAAGGCGGUUGCCGCAGCCAAGCAGAACCAGCACGGCCAAAACGGUCAACACGGCCAGCACGGCCAGCACGGCCAGCACGGCCAGCAGAAUGGUGCUGCUGACCACCAGCCCCGUGCUGCUGCUGCCUUACGCUCGCAGCAACAACAUCGGCCGUCAAAGUCCCCCAAGCCCCAUACCAAAGCCCCGCUGACCCAGGCGAGCUCCGUCCCAUCCACGCCGCACCAGCACGCCCGGAACUUCUCCUUUGAGUCUCGCGAGCCCUCGCCGAAUGCAACGCAAAACCACUCGCCGCGGUCUGCCUACUCCGAGACGAACGUGGCCGUGCCCUCGCUGCGUCCACUGCCUCCACGCUACGGCGGCUGCAUCUACGAGACCGCCCUGGUUCGUGGGCGCCGUCGUAUGGCCUACAGCCUCGGCACCGAUCGUCUCGAGAACGUCAGCCUUGACAAGAUCAAGAGUCAGCUGUCUGAGGAUGAGGAGCAGACGCUGACCAAGGAGAUGGGCGAGCUGUAUGCCCGGCUAAGACCGAGCGAUGAGAAACAGGAGCACCGCGAGCGGUUUGUUCAGAAGCUGGAGACGAUUUUCAACGAAGAGUGGCCGGGCCACGACAUUCGUGUUCACAUCUUCGGCUCGUCAGGCAACCGGUUAUGCUCUGACGACUCUGACGUGGACAUUUGCAUUACGACGAAAUGGAAGGAGUUGGAGAAUGUGUGCAUGAUUGCCGAGCUCUUGGCAAAACGUGGUAUGGAAAAGGUUGUGUGUGUGUCGUCUGCCAAGGUUCCGAUCGUCAAGAUCUGGGACCCGGAGCUCAGCCUCGCCUGCGACAUGAACGUCAACAACACCCUUGCUCUGGAGAACACACGCAUGGUUCUGACCUAUGUCGGAAUUGACGAACGCGUACGGCCGCUGGCCAUGAUCAUCAAGUAUUGGACGCGACAAAGGAUCAUUAAUGAUGCUGCUUUCGGAGGAACACUCAGCUCAUACACAUGGAUAUGUAUGGUGAUCUGCUUCCUUCAGCUUCGAAAAGUCCCCAUCCUGCCCUCGCUGCACCAGCGACAAGAAGACAAGCUUCCACGACCAGACGGCCAGCUCUCGGACUUUGCCGAUAACCUCGGCAAACUACAAGGAUUCGGUCGUGGGAACACGGAGACUUGGGGGCAGCUACUCUUUCACUUUUUCCGCUUCUACGCCUACGAGUUCGACUACGACAAGAACGUGUUGUCUGUCCGGCAAGGGAAGUUGAUGACUAAGACGGAGAAGAAGUGGCACACGGCUCUGAACAACAUGCUCUGUGUUGAGGAGCCCUUCAACACGGUACGCAACCUGGGCAACACGUCGGACGACACGUCAUUUCGAGGGUUGCACCAGGAACUGCGGAGAGCGUUCGGCCUGAUUUCGGAGGCCAAGCUCGGCGAGUGCUGCGAGGCGUAUGUGUUUCCGAAAGAGGAGGAGAGGGUUUUCCAGAAGCCAUCACAGGCACCACGCCCGGUGAUGCUGCGCAGCUCGUCGCAGCAGCAUGGCGGCCGGGGUGGACGUGGCGGUAGCUUCCGGGGUAACAGACAGUACCGCAACGGGAACAACAGCCGGAGGGCCUCUUCAGGCGUGACGUACGACAACAGCGCUAUGUAUAUUCAGCAGCCAGCGGCCAUGCUGCCGAUGCAGUGGUUCCAGCAGCAGCAGGUUGCACAGCAGCAGGUGCACCAGCAGCAGCAGCAGCAGCAGCAGCAGCAGCAGCAGCAGUCGGGAAACCAGGCACAGCAGCAACAGCAAGCUCAGCCACAGUACCUCUACCAUCCGGACAUGUUGGCGGCCCCUCUGAGUGCGCUGCAGCUGCAGCAAGGCUACUCGUUCUACACGCAAGCCUUUGUGCAGCAACAGCACGCCCUGGCCCACGCGCAGAGGAUACAGCAGCAAGGAGGCUCGCCUUCGGCUACGGAUCGAUCGCGAACAAACUCGUUUGACAACCCGCCUCUGACAACGCCGGUUCGGCAGGACUUGUACAUGUAUCCGGUGCCGUUCCAGCAGUCGUUCUUUGCCAUGCACCCGGCAGGCUUCACCACGCUGCCGUCGUCGCCGAGCGCCGGAGCACCGGCCGAGUACCGCAGGAGCUAUCGGACGGGGCAGGCGUCUGAUGCAGCAUCACCCACAGGCACUCUGCGGUCGCAGUCCCAACCAGCGUCUAGAACACCAAUGCCAGGAAGCCAGUCGCACGGAAGCCCGGUGGUUGCUACUCAGCUCAACGGAAUCGCGCAGCCCAACGGCAGCCGAGUGCCAAUCAACUUCUUUCCGGACGAAAGUGCGGACUCGGAGGUCGACGAUGCAGCCAGCAAGCACGUGUCAGACUGCCACUCGUCGGAAGAGGAGAACGGGCAGUACGUUGGCUACUACGUCAAGGAGAGCAGCAGCCCGGUGAAGACCAGCGCGGCCAACUUGUCGGUCGAUAUAGCGUUUGGCGACAUGGGCCAGUCUGGCGGCAAUGGCGGCCAUGGGCGCCGCCGACUGUCAACUGACCUGCCACAGACGGUCCUGGACAGGCGGAUGCGACGGGCAUCAUCGCGGUCACCGUCUCCACUAGGCCACGGCCGGGCCUUCUCCGUCGGCAACAGCACGAUACCACUGCAGGCGGGGCAGUUUCUGCCAGUGAUGGGUGCGCGUACCAGCAAGGACAGCCGGUCUCCGUUGGUGGUGGACGGGUCGAUCAACAAGCCGACGUCGUUGAAUCUGUCGAGCCUGCUGGCCGGCUCCAGCGGACAGAGCACGCAGAGCGGACCUAGUGCGUCGUCGCGCCAGCCGUCGACCAGCGAGAGCGUGAUAUCGGAGGAGGCAGCGUCGAGCUCUUUUGCAGGAUCGGACAUGCUCAGCAUGUCGUACACCUCUCACGGACUGGGGAUCAGCGGCCAGGGAAUAUACUCAGACCAGCCGCUGACGGCAAGCCCGGGACCGCAGCGACAGGCAACGCCGCCGCUGGUCGACACUCCUCUGCAUCUGCCUGUGCCUGGGCGGUCACCUCUGGUGGUGGACGGAUCGAUAUCAGCCGUAUCCUCGCCGCGGUCGCAGCAGACAGCACCGGACACGCAGUCGUUCCACCAGCGCAUUGUGGCGAUGAACGGAUUCAGCUCGGCGCAGUACGCAGCUAUUGCGGGUUACAGCAACGCCAAUGCGGCAGCACAGCUAGCAUCAUCGACACGGGCGAGGACCAUGACGCGGCAGCAGCCGAAAGGCAUCGCGCCCCUGGAUCUGGCGCUGCCAGACCACUCGCUGAACGCAGAGAUGCAACACCUGUCUCCGGUGUACGAGCAUCGGACGCCGUCGCCGACGGCCGUGCGCCGAUUCGACAGUCAGUUCAAUCGGAUAGCGCAGAGCACAGACGCAUUUCCGGCGGCAGCCGGUGCGUACACAGCGUCCUUUGCUUCGCAUGCGAAGAACGUCAAGCACGGGCGAAAAGACACGGCGGUCAAGGGUGCCGUGAAGGGGGUUCCUGAGGGCAGCACAGGGGUGGCGCAGCCACCGAAUCAGCAGCAGACGCAGCCACGGGUCAACGGGACGAGCGGCGGGGGACAGAACGGCCAUGUGCGGUCUGCCAAGAGCGAGAGCGGCGACAUGGUGGGUGGCGGGGCGUGGCAGAAGCCGAAGACGCGGAAGAAGACGGGCGACCUUAAGGCGAUGGCGAACGGGCAAGUUUCUGGCGAGCAGCUGCCAAAGAGCGAGUCGGAACGCAAGGGAGGCUGA